GAAAAAAAAGAAAUUUGAGAGAACUUAUUAAUACUGUAAAAAAUGUUUGAUGAGAAACUCAGGACAACUCAAUGUGUUCUUUUUAUCUGCUGUGCAAUAGGUAUCAGCUACUAUGCAUACAUGGUCAAGAUUUUCAAAUACACCAAUCAGGUCAGUAUUGCAAUAGAAGAGGUACACGUGGUAUUGAACAAUACAAAUUAUACACAUAUACUUCUGUGGUGGAAUAAGCCAACAUGGCUUGAAUCAUUUCCAAGAAAAUGCGGUAACUGCAGUUUGACAACGGACAGAAGCUUUUUUUAUGAAAGUUCUGUUGUGGUGUUUUCGUUAGCGAAUGGACACAUUGGCUCAAAACCACCCGUAGAAAACAUAAAGAGAAACCAAAAUCAAAUAUGGAUAGCUUUUUCAUUAGAAACAAAUGUGGCGAACUCAUGGAACAGAGAAUAUAGAAAUAAACAUUGGACAAAUAUGUUCAAUUGGACAUGGAACUAUAGACCUUCUGCAGAUAUAUAUAUGCCGUAUGGAAGAGUAUCAGAAAGAUUAAAGCCGCUGUCAAAAAACUACUCAAUGAUAUUUCAACGUAAAAAGAAAUUUGCAGCUUGGGCCGUCAGUCAUUGCAAUGCACACAGUUUAAGAGACAAAUUUGUGGAAAACAUGCGUACGUGUUUGCAAAAUAAGAAUAUCGACAUAUUUGGAAAAUGUGGCCCUUUAAAGGUUUCAAGAAGUAAAUUCCCUACUUUACUAAACAAUGAUUACAAAUUUUAUUUAGCGUUUGAAAAUGCUUUUUGUGAUGAUUAUAUAACGGAAAAGCUGUUUGCAAACUACAACAAUGACAUUAUCAAUGUGGUUCGUGGAAAAGCAAAUUAUACCAGAACUUUGCCAAUAAGGUCGUUCAUCAACACCAAUGACUUCAGAAACACGAACGAUUUAGUUCAUUAUAUGAUUAAAGUGUCGGAAAAUGAAACCCUAUAUUCCAGUUAUUUAAUACACAAAGAUAGGUUUCAAGCUUUGGACGAUUUGAAAGAGCAAUAUAAGCAGUCAAUAUGUGAUAUUUGCCGGAAAUUGAAUGAUCCCUAUCUCGAAAGAAAGAUCAUUGUUGACAUAGAAAAGGAACUUGGAGAGUGCAUCAAACCAGGUGAUGUCUAGAGCAUGUGUAACUAAGAUGACAAGUAUUUCUCUGAUCAAACAGGUCACGAUAUACUCAAAGGUACAUAUAUUCCCUCACUAUUCCAGCAUGAAAUAGUUAAGCGGAAUCUAAAUCACUCAAACGUCUACAAUGAAAACGUCCGGAAAAGAAAACAACAUGUAUUUGCCAACUGAACUAUAUUUGUGUGAAUAAUGACAAGAACAUUCGAAUCGAAUAUCAUGUUCAUCUUAGGUAUUUAGUGUAAAGUGUCACAUAUUAUAGCUCUGUUUCUAUGUACUGUGUUUAUUUGUUGCUAGUACAUUCAAACCUGGUUGAACGGUCACCUGCUUUAAAGGGCCACCUGCAUUAUCGGGACACUUGCGCUAGUACUGUUUGUCAAUACACAGCUGACGGAAAAGAACGACAGCCUGGGAUAUUUCCGUCGUCUAAUGAAAAUGCAUAUUACAUGACAUGAUCACCAUUCUUAUUCUAUAGCGUGUAUGCAUUGAGAUUUAGAUAAUAUUUUCAGUGUUUAUUCAUUUGCAUAAUACAUUUUCUGCGUAUUCUUAAUGUAAUUUCUGAAUCGUACUUCUUUAUCUUCCAGGUCGACUUUCCAAUUACUCUCAUAACCGUUAACUUGCACGAUUUCGGAAUACUAUUAUAGAUUUAAUUCAUAUUGCAGGUUGUUUGAUCCAUAUGUGUGUGAAUAUUGUGUGUUAAUGUUUAUACAAUCUGUUAGCGUGCUGCUUGCUUGCGCUCGUAUUUCAUUUACCAUAUCAUUGAAAAAAUUGGUACCCUUUACAUUAAUUAAUCAAUAAGUAUUUAAUUAAAUACAAUAUUCCUAGGAUUUUGUUCGACUGGGGUAUUAAUAUAUAUAAAAAAAAUUCAAACAUAUUCGACAAGUCGCUCAAACAGAUAUUUUAGUGAGUUUUUUUCUCUUUGUACAACAAUAUUGCAUAAAGUUGCAUACGUGUAAUCAAAUAGUACACGGUUUAGUUGUUUGAUAAGUAGAGGUGAUUGAAUUUGCCGUCUGCUAGCAAUAUUUUCGUCUGAUCUGUUUCUAGGAUACAAUACUGCACGUGCGUAGAUUUCAUAUCAUUCAUACAACAGUAAACUUAAUACCUGUCGUUUAUUAUUCGUGACGGUUGAAUAGGUUUCCGCUAUAAGCUGUGUUUACAAUUUGUAAUUGUAAUAUUUUAUUGAUAUUGAUUAAUUUCUCUUUCAAAGUAGAAAACCUGUGAGGAAUUUUGUUAGUAUUUUGGUUGCAUUUGAUUAUUCUUUUAACGAGUGAGGUUUACAUUAUUUGUGUUUCGUGUUUUACGGAAACACCAGUUUAUUGUACUUAUUGCCACAUAGUUCAGACAACUAGUUCUAUCAUAUAUAAAUAUGAGUUAUUUGCAGUGUUAUUCGUUGUUUUCAUAACAAUUGCACAAAAGCGUAAUGUGAACACGUAUUACUGAUUACAAUAAAUUCAUUUUUUUAGGUUAGUUUUAAUGUG